CGCUUUACGCCCAACAGGGAGUAAAACACCUGACACUACACACCUCACUGCAUCUAAAGAGAGACCUCGAUGGCGGAGGAGGCAGAUUUUAUGCGCACUGUGUUGCCCGUUCUGGGGUCUUUUCGGUCGGAAGACACUUCUUUGGCUUUACCGCACACGGACAAACUCACUCAUGCCGAUACUCACCGGCGAAACCGACUACAGCAACAAGUGCAGCUGACACUCUCGCGGAAAAGAAAGAAACCUAAACUGCCAGAUUCAUCUCUCUCAGAAAGCCUAUCCAACUGUCACAUAUCACGUAGUAUUUCAUUAGGAAACAUUCAACUAAAGAGAAUCAACACGUUUGUCAACCAUGAUGCUACGCCACAAACAGCAAGGCCGUUGUGGAUGGGUGAUCGAUCUCAGUGGCCAAACACAGAGCCUCCUCACUUCCACAGGGGCUUCAGAAGCUUUCAUUACAGCACAAGACCUGGUUUUUACUCUUUCACUCUCCCCCCUGCCACUCCAACCAACAACUUCCAUACGAUUAAAUACCCAUUACGUUAUGCCCACUCGGAGGUUCUGCGUAACCCAAGGUUAUUCGUUUCUGGACUUGUGGCUGUUAUGAAGCUCCCUAUUAAACCCGUUUAUGAUGACAAUUUCGAGGAUAAAUGGGAUGACGUCUUUUUACCCAGCACCUCACACAAUACUGUCCCAGAAGGGUUUGAGAAGAACAGGAUGGAGUUGGAGAAGCGCUGUAUUCCAAUAACCCUCAGCAAGAAGAGGGAGGGGGCUUUCGGUUCUCAUGAACAGACAGAGAACGUGUCCUGGCAGGGCCACAAGCGGAAGCCGAGCCUGGAGGUUGUUGCAGGAAGACAACCCUCCCAACCUGGCUCGCUCAUCAGUAUGGUGGAAAAGUCAGGAAGUUCGGGAAGGAUUGAAAACCUGGAGGUCGAACAACACACAAUGACAGCUUCAACAAAGGCAGGCAGGAAAAAUGAGCAUGGGACAGAGAUGACACUCAAAGAGGCUGUAAAUCUCCUAGAGGAAGAUGAUGUGGAAGCACAAAUCACUGCAGUUAACUUCAUACAGAACCAGUGCUUUAACAGACCUGACGCUAAGGAAAAGAUACAUAUUCUAAAGGGCAUUCCAAAGCUGCUGCAGCUCCUGCAGAAUGACAGCGAAGAGCUCCAGCAGGCCACCGCCAGCGCACUCCGAAACGCCGUUUUCGAAAACUGUGAAAACAAGAUGGACGUCAAAGACUGUGAAGGGCUUCCAGUGAUCCUGAGCACGCUCAGGAAGAACCGAGAUAUUGAGACCCGAAGGCAGCUUACCGGGCUGCUGUGGAAUCUUUCAUCUCAUGACCUGUUGAAAGAGCAGCUCGCAAGAGAAGCGGUCAAACCUAUCACAGACAACGUGCUGGUGCCUUGCUCGGGCAUUUCUGAGGGGGAGGAUCCCAAACUAGACCUUUUGGCUGACCCUGACGUUUUAUACAAUGCUACUGGCUGCCUGAGAAAUUUGAGUUCUACCGGUCCCGAUGGACGUAAAGCCUUGAGGGAAUGUGAGGGCCUUAUUGAGUGCCUCAUCUAUUACAUCCGUAGCACCAUUUCAGACUAUAAACCCAAUGACAAGGCCACAGAAAACUGUGUGUGUAUCCUGCACAACCUCUCUUACCGGUUUGAUUGUGGGAUGUCUAAUAUAGAUGCCCCAGAGGUUCAGGAGUCCAAACAGAGUCUCACAGCACAAAACAGUAAUCCUGGCUGUUUCAUCAUCAACACUCCAAAAAGUAUUGAGGAGGAAACAGAGGAAGAGUAUCCUCUGCUGGAAGAGAAUGCCAGUCCUCAAGGUGCAGAGUGGCUCUGGAGCGCAAUCACUAUCCGCAUGUAUCUCUCGCUUAUUGCUGUCAGUGCAAACCAACACACAAAAGAGGCAUCCAUUGGAGCACUGCAAAACCUCACCGCUUGUUCUGGGGAGAUAUCUCAGGCCAUCGCAAACUUCAUUGUGCAAAAAGAGGGAGGCCUUCUUCAUGUGAAAAAGAUGCUGCAAGAAGAGAAAAGGGAAGAAAUAAGAAUAUGUGUGUCAUUAGUAAAAAAUGUCUCCCGCUACAGAGAACUGCACAAACACAUUGUUAAACAGGUGCUACCAGAGCUGGUUGCCAUACUACAAAACUCUGACAGAAGCUCAGAGCAACCCAUAGAUGUCAUUGUCACAAUCUUUCACAUCCUCAUCAGCUUGAGCAAUGAGUCUGUGAAGAACACCUGUGACAUUAUAAACCAAGGAGCAUUACCCAAGAUUAUCAGCAUCAGCACCAAAGACAAUGGGUUUGGGCCCACACGGGCAGGCCAAGCAGCUUGUGUUCUGUUGCAUACACUGUGGAGGCAUUCUGAGCUGCACAGCAGCUAUAAGAAGGCUGGUUAUAGGAAAUCUGAUUUCAUUAACAAAAGGACACUAAAGGCUGUGAAUUCUGUCCGUGAAUAGGAGGAUGCACUGCAAGGAAAAGACCUUUCAUUUGUUAACUUUAAAAAACUUACUUUAAUAUAUUUCAAAGUGGUGCUAAGUAACAUAGCUUUUGUAUGUGUAUAUUUGUUAUCUUAAUUUAAUAUUAUUUGUUUUUAUUAAAUGUAUAGUGAUUAUGCCUGUUGACUGUACACGACUUUAUUUAUUUAUUCUUUUAUUUUGUACUGCCUUUGGUUUGUUUAAUUAGCAAUAUUAAAAAACACAUUCUUAUAUCUUUGUGCACUUUU